AUGGCCCAGAAAGAAUCGGAAUCGGAAAUCCCCGAGACGAUGGAAGCAUCGUCAGCGGCGGUGCCCGACCCUCCAGAUGGGGGAUUAACUGCAUGGACACAGGCCGUGAUGGGCCACCUGGUGGCGUUCAAUACUUGGGGAUACAUCGCGAGCUUUGGUGUUUUCCAAGCAUACUAUCAAUCCAACCUGGGCGUCUCUUCCUCGGCAAUCUCUUGGGUCGGAUCGUUGCAAGUCUUUCUCAUCUUCUUUGUGGGGACCUUUUCAGGCCGCGCAUUGGAUGCUGGUCUUUUCCGCCAGACUUUCUACAUUGGGGUGUUGCUCCAGCUACUGGGGGUCUUCAUGACCUCCCUCGCCACUCGUUACUGGCAGAUCCUCCUCGCGCAGGGAGUCUGCACCGGCUUGGGAAGUGGCCUGCAGUUCUGCCCCGUGAUGGGGCUGGUGGCCACCUAUUUUUCCAGCCGGCGGGUCUUUGCCUUGGCUUUCUGCCUGGUGGGGAGUAGCACCGGAGGCAUGCUGUUCCCCGGGCUGGUAAAAUGCCUCAUACCUGCGAUCGGAUUGGCGUGGACGAUUCGCGUGCUGGGAUUUGUUAUGUUGGCGGCAAGCGUUCCCGCCGUCUUGUUGCUGCGGCCGCGAUUGCCCCCGCGUCGAUCGGGACCUUUGGUGGACUGGAUCUCCUUCAAAGAACCCACCUACGUCCUCUUCAUUCUUGGCAUGUUUCUCAACUUCUGGGGUCUCUAUUUCGCCUUUUACUACGUGGGGGCCUUUGGACGCACGAACAUUGGUCUGACCUAUUCGGAUUCUACCAAUCUGAUCAUUGUGACCAACGGCGCUGGCGUGUUCGGCCGUCUGAUUCCCGCUUACCUGGCCGAUCGUUACUUUGGUCCACUCAACACGAUCAUUCCGUUGAGCCUGGGAGCCAGUCUGAUGAUGUUCUGCUGGGCGGCAGUCCACUCGACAGGGGGGCUCUACGCCUUUGCCAUCUUGUAUGGUAUUUUUUCCAAUGGCGUCCAAGGUCUCUGGCCUUCAACCCUAUCCAGCUUGACCUCGGACUUGAGUAAGACGGGAAUCCGCAUUGGCAUGGGAUUUACGGUAGUAAGCUUGGCUUGCUUGACGGGCCCUCCACUGGGCGGCGCUCUCAUAGCGAAGGCGCAUGGUUACAUUGGCGCGCAGAUCUGGGGCGGGCUGUCGUUUGCGCUGGGCGCUGCCAUCCUUGUUCUUGCACGAUAUUUGAAGACUGGAAAGAGCAUGAAGGUCAAGGUGUGA